CUGGACCUUGGUUCUCACUUCCAAAAUAAGAAUUAUAUCGAACAAAACAAGUAAUGGAAGAUCGCUCGCUGCUUUACCUUUUGCUCUCCCUUAUCUUUCUCCUCUUUGCUCUCAGUCCCCGCCGACGCAGAAACUUACCGCCCGGUCCGCCGUCUCUUCCCAUCAUCGGUCACCUCCAUUAUCUCAAAGUCCCCGUCCACCGAACUUUACAGAAGCUCUCUGCAAAAUAUGGACCCGUAAUCUCUCUCUGGUUCGGAUCUCGUCUCGUGGUGGUCGUCUCAUCAUCGGCGGUGGUGGAGGAGUGCUUCACUAAGAACGACGUCGUUCUUGCCAACCGUCCUAGGUUGCUAGUCGGCAAACAUGUCGGCUACAACUACACUACGAUGGUGGCAUCACCGUACGGCGAUCACUGGCGGAACCUCCGCCGAAUCGGCGCGAUCGAGAUCUUUUCGGCUUCUCGCCUGAACAAAUUCGCCGGGAUUCGGAGGGACGAAGUGGAACGGUUACUGAGAAAGCUAUCGAAGAAUUCGCUCCAUGGAUUCUCGAAGGUACAGAUGCAAUCGACGAUUUCGGAACUGACGUUCAACAUCUCGAUGAGAAUGGCGGCCGGAAAGAGAUAUUUCGGUGAUGACGUGGCGGACGAGGACGAGGCGAGGCAGUUCAGAGAGUUGAUUAAACAGAUUGUAUCGUUGGGAGGAGUUUCGAAUCCGGGAGACUUCAUUCCGAUGCUGAAUUGGAUUCCGAAUGUCUUCGAGAGGAAGGUUUCGAGACUUGCGAAGAGGACGGACGCGUUCUUGCAGGGACUGAUCGACGAGCAUCGGAGCAACAAGGAAGAAGAAAGGAACACGAUGAUCGAUCACUUGCUGUCUCUGCAACAAUCGGAGCCUGAAUUAUAUGGAGAUCAAAUCAUCAAAGGAAUUAUUCUGGUGUUGCUGUUAGCAGGGACGGAUACAUCAGCUGUAACGAUGGAAUGGGCCCUAUCUCACUUGCUCAACAAUCCGGAGAUACUGAAGAAGGCUAGAGAGGAGUUGGACGCUCAAAUUGGACAAGAACGACUAGUUGAAGAAUCAGAUGUGCCCAAGUUACCGUAUCUUCAAGGAAUCAUCUCCGAGACUCUUAGGCUGACCCCAGCUGCUCCGUUGUUAGUGCCGCAUCUCACCUCCGACGAUUGCACAAUAAGCAACUACAAAGUACCACGUGACACAAUUGUGUUGGUUAAUGCGUGGGCCAUCCAUAGAGAUCCUAGUCAGUGGGAAGAUCCCACGCGAUUCAAUCCCGAAAGACACCGAAAGUCAGAAGGUGAUCACGCGCACAAGUUCCUUCCAUUCGGAAUCGGACGACGAUCGUGCCCUGGGUCGGGCAUGGCGCAACGAGUGGUGGGGUUGGCCCUGGCGGCGAUGAUUCAAUGUUACGAGUGGGAGAGGAUUGGCGAAGAGAAAGUGGAUAUGGCGGAGGGAAGAGGUAUCACCAUGCCCAAGGUUGUUCCACUGGAAGCUAUGUGCAAACCUCGGCCUAUCAUCCACAACCUUUUUAAUUGAAAAUUAUUGGAUUGAGAGGUCUUGUGUACAUUUAAUAACCAAUAUGCAUCUGUAAUCUCUCCUCUUAUAGUGUACGAGAUUUGAGCUGCAUAUGCAAUGAAGCACCAGAUUUACCUUAAAAAAAAAUAAAGUUGUUUUAGUUUCAGUAUUAUAUUUGAAGUAGGAUAAAAAGAUGUUUGUGUCUUUGUCUAGUAGCUUGUUAAUUUAUUGUAUCUAUUAAUAUGUUUUAUAA